AUGACCAGUCGAUUCCAAAAAGAGCUAGACAUCGCUUGCGCUGCCGUACAACACUGCGCCGUACUCACCAAGCAACUGCAAAAAGACACGCUCAGCCAAGACAGUCAAAUCUCCAAGAGCGACUUUUCCCCCGUCACAAUUGGCGACUUUGCCUCGCAAGCAUUGUUGACUUCUGCCGUUCAUGGCGCAUUUCCCACCGACAAUUUCCUCGCAGAAGAAUCAGCAGAUGAUCUCCGACAAAAUGCAGCCCUGAUGAACAAAGUCUGGGCAUUGACCGAGUCUGUCAAACCCGCCUUUGCGGCAAAUGUUCCCUCUCUGGCAACGCCUGCGACGCAGGACGAUUUGCUCCGGUUUCUGGACUGGGGAGGCAAGAGAGAAAGUAGCAAGGAGGGUAGAACUUGGGUCUUUGAUCCCAUUGAUGGUACUGCGACCUUCCUUAAAGGUCAGCAGUACGCCAUCAAUUGCGCCUUCCUCAUCAAUGGACGCGAAGAGGUGGGCAUCAUUGGCUGCCCGAAUGUUCUCCUCGAUUCCAACACCGUGAGCGAAGACGAGAUCGACGAGCACGGUCUAGGCGUAAUGAUCUAUGCUGUCCGCGGCGAAGGCACUUUCAUCCGGCCCAUGCGCGCAGAUGGGAAGUUGGAGACAGCCAGGAAGCUAGAGCGACAUGGCGAGAAUGUCUCGAUCCAGAAUCUGAUCUGGUCGGAUUGCUCGACCUACACCAGCACCAUUCUGGAAUUGCAUCAGCAGGUCGCUGCUAAACUGGAGACUUCCUGGCCUGGCGUAGACCUGUUCAGCUCGCUGAUGAAGUACGCUGCACUGGGUCUGGGUAGAAGUCAUAUCGUCGUUCGUAUCUUUCGCUACACGUCGUGGAGAUCCAACAUGUGGGAUCACGCGGGCGGGGUCUUGAUCUUUGAAGAAGCAGGCGGGAAAGUCACUGAUUUAGACGGCAAGGCGAUUGAUUUUACUACGGGCAGGAAAAUGGCUGCGAAUUAUGGUUUGGUGUGCGCUCCCGCUGCGGUCCAUGAGCAGAUUCUUCAAAUGGCACAACAGGUGAUUGAGGCUCAUGGUCCCAUUCCGUAUAGCAAAUGAGCAUGCCUGGCUUUCUUUUUUGAAAAAGAAAAUGCUGCAGGUUGAAUGAACUACGUACGUACCUGCUAGAGAUUUAUACAACGAUU